AUGAACGCCUCCGCAGUACCGUCCAAGGCCACGAUCCAAGGAUUCUUCAUAUCCAAGUCCACCCUUCUCACGUAUCGAACGUACCAGAAACAGUUUGCUGAGUACUGCAAACAGCUCCCAGGGGUCGAGCCAGAGGCGGCGACGCCGAGUGUCUGCACAGACGUUUUCCAUCAUCUGUACAGUCAGGUAAAAACGGCCCGCACAGUCGAUUCGGCGAAGACAGCCCUCGUGGCCUUCUUCCACGACCUCAAGGUCAUCCCCAACCCUGCUCGUGAUGUCGAAUCAAAGCAAUAUGUCGUCGGCCUGCAAAAUUACAACAACAAAAAACAACAUUGA